UUUCUUCAAUAAAGGUUGCAAGGUCACCCUGAAAUGUCACCAAUUUCUGGAAAUAAAUACAAUAACAAAACACCCUUUGACCUACAUUUUUAAAGAAGCUAUUUGUCUCCCUCUAGAGGGCAACUUCCACUAGCAUCCCCAUCACUCAACCUUGGCUAACGGCGCUAGCCCAUUUCUUGAAGUCACUUGCUCCAUGAAUAUAUUAGAGGCUGGUUAACAAAAAGACGUCCUCUCUGCAAGCUGCGUUUACCGGCAUCAGCAUCCGCAUGACGUCAACGCACGCUUUUAUCGACUUCCGGUGCUGCUGCUAACCAAACCGAGGUCCACCACCAUGGAGGUGAACCGGGAUGAGGCGGAGCGGUGCGUCGACAUCGCCGCCGCGGCGUUGAGCAGCGAGCAACCGGACAAAGCGAGGAGAUUCCUGGAGAAAGCCCAGAGGCUGUUCCCCACCGAGAAGGCGAGGGUGCUGCUAGAUCUCAUGUCCAAGAACGGCUUCACACCCAGACAAGACACACAUGCGGACCUGAAUGGAGAUUCAGGACCUCGAUUACGACAGAGCCAAAGUGGUGACCAAAGCAGACCUGAAGAGAAACCCGUGGAUAAGUCCUACACGGCAGAGCAAGUGGAUGCUGUGCGAAGGAUCAAGCAAUGCAAAGAUUUCUACGAGAUCCUCGGCGUGCAGAAGGACGCUUCUGAAGAUGAGCUCAAAAGAUCUUACCGGAAGUUAGCAUUAAAAUUUCAUCCGGAUAAGAAUCACGCCCCUGGUGCCACAGAGGCAUUUAAAGCUAUUGGGAACGCGUACGGUGUGCUGAGCAACGCCAACAAAAGACAACAAUACGACACGUGCGGCGAGGAGAGGCGGCAUCCAACCAGUCAAGCGAAUGCCAACUUUGAUGCUGAUAUUUCACCCGAGGACCUCUUCAACAUGUUCUUUGGAGGAGGUUACCCAGCCAGUAGCAAUCAUGCAUACACAAAUGGGAGGAUGCGGCACCAGAGGCCCCAAAGAAGAGAACGACAGCGAGAUCAGGGGGGCCUGGCCCUCUUCGUGCAGAUCAUGCCCAUCCUCAUCCUUGUUAUUGUCUCGGCCCUCAGCCAAAUUAUGGUCAAAAGUCCAGCGUACAGCCUCAGCUAUCGGCCGUCAGCGGGCCACACGCAGAAGAGACUGACGGGGAACCUGAAGGUCGUGUAUUAUGUGGCCGAGAACUUCCCCAGAGACGUCAACGACGAGAAUCUGAAGCGAUUGGAGGAGACGGUGGAGGAUGAUUAUAUCUCCAACCUGCGCAACAACUGCUGGAAAGAGAAACAGCAAAAAGAAGGCAUGCUGUACCGAGCACGCUAUUUCGGUGACGCAGAUCUAUACCAGAGAGCACAGAGGGCUCGGACGCCGAGUUGCGCCAAGUUGUCUGAGAUCAGCGCAUCUGUACACGGCUGAGGCCACCUCGCCUUCCUUCGUGUUGUUGCAAGCAAGUACUCUUAAGUAUCUAUGAUAGGGGUGUGACAAAAUACCGAAAUGUUGAUAUAUUGUGAUACUUUGUAUCCCAAAAGGUUAUCGAUAUGCUCCUGUCACGAAUUGAGAUAUCGUUUUAAAAGGGUGUCAAUUAAAAAAAGAAGAAAAAAAAGGCUGCCAUUGAUGGUGCUCGACGCCCAAUCCAUUUAGACUUGGAACGUUCGUUUUUUCAAAACCAGAGCAUUUAGUCAUUCGGUCCGAUUUUCGGGGCAUUUACAGGUCACUUGCUUUUCAUUUUAGGGCAUUUACAGGUCAUUUCCUGUUGCGUUUGUGUCACUGCCUAUUUAUUUGGGUGAUUCCCAGGUCACUUCCUGUUCCGUAAUGAAAAAUAAACAGCAAGUGACCUAUAAAAUACCCCAAAAUCAACAGGAAGUAACUGAAAAUCAACAGGUAAAUGACCUUAAAUGGCCCAAAAUUACUCAUUGCCUGACACUGACUGCCACGGACGGCCAUAGAUGUUCAAUCCGUUUGAAGUGGUUCAAAUGGAUUGGACGUCUACUAGUGAUAAACUCGUUCCAAUUCACAGCAGAAGUUAGUUUUUCUGUAAAAUCGUUGUAUCGCUAUAUCGUCAGAUCAUCGUUAUCGUGAGCUUUGAAUUGCAAAUCGGGUCGUAUCGAGAGGUACAAAGAGGUUCCCACUCCUAAUCAAUGAACACCUUAUUUUAGAUAUACCAGUAUAUUGCAGGGGUGCUCAUUGUUUUUUGCUCCAAGAUCUACUUUUAAAGGAGACAAACUCCUGCGAUCUACCUUAACACCAGAAGGGAGGGGUUUUAAAAAAAAUUUUUUAUACACAUAGUAGGGCUGCAGCUACUGAUUAUUUUAGUAGUCGAUUAAUCGAUGAACGAAUUAGUUCAAAUAAUCGAGUAAUCGGAUAAGGAACAUGAAAAAUUAAAAUACCUGAGCUUAGCCUCAAUUGGUAUAAAAAACAAAAAAAGGAUCUAUAGACAACAAAAGAACAAAUGGCUAACUUGCAUAGCAAAAGUCCACUAGCUUAAAUGCUAUAAAAUGCUAACGUUUUUUUUUUUUUGCAAUGCUCUUAACAAAUGGUUCAGAAAUAUAUUCCCACAAAAAACAGCUAAAUAUACCUAUAAACUAAAUUGUGAAUACAGUAAAAAACAUUAGCUCAAACAGAAACUUAGCUAACGUUGGUCUUAACAGGGAGCAGUUGUAUUCAGCCAUGUAAAAUGAGGCACACCAGAGGGCAGUGUAUCCACCCUAAUCAAUAAAACUAAAUGCAAACACUCAAAAUAAACCAUUACAACGCCACUUUAAUUAAACGAAUACUCGAAACAAUAAAAUUUAAUUUGAAUAUUUUUUUCUAAUCGAAUGCUCGAGUAAAUCGAUUAAUCGUUGCAGCACUAGUACAUAGUUAUUAAUAUUGUGUGAGCAACAUAUGAGGUUAUGUUACUCGCACAACAUUUUUUUUUUUUUUUAUUGAUGCCGCGAGCUACCCCCCACUAGCGAUGGAAUCGACUUAAUGGGCACCCCUGCUCUAUUGUAUAGGUACACAAUAUUUUGACAGACUGUCAUGGUUUGACUUUAGUUCUGUGCCCACGUGUGUCUUGUCCAUGUUCUUCCCCAUUGAUUUCACCUGUUGUGGCCUGCUCCUUGUGUGUUGACCAAUCCGCUGCCUCUUGUGUCACCCACCAGUGCCUCAUUGUGUCGUUACCCCAUGUCUGUAUUUAAGAUUUCCAUGUGCUGUAUGUUCUUGUUGCGUCAUUGUUGUCCAAGCCCUCAUGGUCCUGUUCUUCUGCCAAGUGAGUUUUGAUACCCGAUAUAUGUUUCAUUCCCUUGCCCUUUUUGUACUUUGUUUUUGGACCUGUGGUUAUUGAAGCAUUUUUGAGUUCCCUGACACACUCCCUUUUUUCCCUGCGUUUGGGUAACAUUGCUGCCACACCAUGACAGGAAAAGACACCACCUUGAAUAAAUGACUCACGUGCACAAGAGCAAUGAAUGAAUUUAAAACUAAAUUAAAAUAUAUAAUUUAGCCUCAAACAUUAUUUUAAAAAAUGAUCUGAGUACAACAAAAGAACAAUUGGCUAACUUGCAUAGCAAAAGUCCGCUAGCUUAAAUGCUAUAAAAUGCUAGUUUUUUUACAAUGCUCUUAGCAAAUCAAGCAUACAUUCCCACAAACAAACUUCUAAAUAUACUUCUAAACUACAUAACGAAUGCAUAAACAAGCAUAUUAGCUCAAACAAAAACAUACUUUAUGUUGGUCCUAACAGGGAGCAGCUGGAUUUAGCCAUGUUAGAUGGGUUAUGUCAUAUUGUCAGUUGCCACUAGAGGGCAAUGUAUCCACCCAAAUCAAUAAAACUAAAUGCAACACUUUCAAAACAAACCAUUACAUCGUCACUCUAAUUAAACGAAUCCUCAAAGCAGCAAAAUUUGAUUCAAAGCUUUUUUUCUAAUUGAAUUACUCAAGUUAUUCGAUUAAUCGUUGCAGCACCGGAACAAACGUUCAUUCGCUCCUCCCUGUCAAAAUGAAUUGGACGUCUUUACCGUCAAUUGCACUAAGAAAUAAGCAUUCCUUCCUGUUUAAAUGAAUUGGAAGUACAGUGAUCCCUCGCUAUGUCGUGCUUCAAACUUCGCACCCUAAGUCCAUCGCGGAUUUUUUUUUUCAAUUAAAAAACAAAUAAAUAAAUACAGAUGAGCCAAUCACGUAGUCUCAAAGGUGGGUUAUGCUUCUGCGGCAGACCUACGCCAUCAAGGCAGACCCGAUUUACGACCCUCCGCCGUAGCCUGACGUGCAGCUCCACAAAAUUCAGCGUCUUCUGCGUCACCUGCGCCUCAACAUUCGUAUGAUCAACAUUUGUUGUUCAAUGUUGAGGAGCUGAAGAUGCACAUUCAAGUGUUCCAUCUCCGUUGGCAUUGUUGUGUAAUCGAAACAAAACUAGAGGAAGUCGACAAGAGUCCCCCAAAACGGUUUAAACACAAUGCCACACCCCUCUAGUGGCUUGGCGGUGAAUUACAGAGCAACGUGUUCCCUUGCCGCAGAACUAUCGAAUGCUCAUUGACGCCGUAGUCGCUACGCCGUCACCGCAACGCAGAAGCACAACUCAGGGGCCGUUUACAUGGCGAUUCCGAGAAUACGAAAAAUGUCAAAUUUGCAUUUGCAUUUGCGUCUCCAUUUGAACAAUUUCGCGAUUCCACAUGAAAACGAUGUAGUAUUCAUGCCAGGCCUUAGGGGGCAGUGCAGAUUUACUGGGCGACAGAGAAUGAUGCACUUUGACCCCACCAAGCUCCCUCAGCCCGGAAAAAAAUAUGCCUGCCCACUCGAAGAAAUUUCAUUUUUCUUUUGCUCAAAAAGGCACAAAAAUUGAAACGUUCAACAUAUUUAAUUUAAAAAUAUUAUUAAAACAAUAAAUUAAAGCCGACAUUCCGCCAUAUUUGCUGUUUUUAAUGUUUAGUAGCACCGCUGCGCACGCCCAAUGUGACGUGUACGAGUGCUGACGUUAACGACGCGGUCUCGCACCGCAGGAGCCUUUGAUAUGCAUGCCGAGGAAGCCCCCCUCAACCCCCCCGCAAUCAGAUUCUUCCACUUUGGAGGCAGGAUUCAGAAUUUUUCGUCUUCGCUGACACCAUAUGCACGCGAGGCGAGUCCGCAACUCAGUCAUUGCGUCUUUGUGUCGCAGAGUCGCCAUGUAAACUGCCCCUCAGGCUUCACUCUCCCCCCUGCUGCUCUUUGUUGGUCAGGCAGAGCACUGGAUUUUCUUAUUUAAGUUAACGAUGAUUGACAGACGUUUAUUGUUUGCUCUUGCCACAGAUGCCUGGAAGCCGAAGCUUCAAAGCGCCGCAUGCAUCAACAUCAUUUAACUUGUUAAACAGUGGCAACUCAUUGUGUGUAAGUGAGCAGCCUGAGCGGAUUUGAGUGGACUCACUCAAUGAAGCAUUUAAUAAAGACAAGCAUUUUUCUACUUUAUUCUUGUUUGAAAAUAAUUCGGUGGGACAGUAACAUGUUUAAAACUACUCAUAAUUAUUAUAUUUGAAGUGCUUAACUCAUUCACUCCCAGUCAUUUUCACCAGUGCAACCCCCUUUGUUCCCAGCCGUUUUACUGGAUUUUGACUGAGAUUGCAAGGCCCACACAAAAUUCUGUUCUAUUUCUAUAUAAACAUGGAACCCACCAAAAGAAAGAUUAGACUCUCUUCUUUCAGCAGAAAGAAAAGUUAGUUCAUAUCUUUUUCCAUCCUUUAGAAAUCAGCAUUAGAAAAUAGCUUAGUUUCAGCAAUUUUCUAAUUUCUGAUGAAAAAACAGAGAAAUUGAGCUUUUUGUAAAAGCAUACAUUUCAAACAUAACUUUGACUUUAACACAGCUAUUUUUUGCUUCGUGACAUACCAAACAUCUGAAUAAUGUUUUCUUUAUGCAAAAUAACAGAAACAACAAGACAAAUAGAGCUUUUGAUAGCAAAGUAACAAUUUAUUUACACAUAACUAACUGAGAGAUGACGCUGUUGUGGCUGCGACAGCCGGGGUAAACUUUUCCCUCAUCGCCGCUUGUCUCAUAAAAAUGGAUUUUUUUGAGUCUCUGCGGGCUCUGCUCAACGAGCAACACAGACUCAACGGCAUCGUCCGCUGCACUGGUGGUCCCGGUCGUUCUGCUCGGUCGUCCAGCGCCUGGCAUCAUGGGCGUCUUCCCGGUUGUUCUGCUCGGUCGUCCGCCGCCUGGAAUCCUGAAUGUCCAUUCGGUCGUCUUCCGUGUUCUGUUGCAUCGGGUUGCGGGUCUUACCAAAUGCGCUACUGCCCUCCAGUGGCCAGUUUUAUUGCUUUAAAAUGGAUUUUCAGCUUUGUGCUUUGGAGCUAAGUUGAAUCAGAACCCAGAGAUGUCUCUUGUGAAAAAAAACGUAAAAGACUUAUAAAUACGUCUUUGGGACACUGAAACAAUUAAAAAUAGAACGUAUUUAUACGGUUUUGGGAGCAAAUGAGUUUAAAAAAAAAAUUUAACAUAAAUAUGUAGAGGUGUGCAUCGGCACUGCCCUCACGAUUCGAUUCGAUUACAAUUCGGAGGGCCACGAUUCGAUUCGAUUUGAUUCGAUUCAGAGGGCCACGAUUUGAUUCGGUUCGAUUCGGCAAUGCAUCACGAUGCAUUAAAGCCUGGGAUGCAUUAAAAUGCUAAAGCAAAGCAUAUUUUUCGUGAAUCAUGAGGCAACAUAAGCGGUCAGACAUUAAACAACUUUUUAUAGGCUCUUGUGUCAUUCGUGGUUGUAGUCAAAUGAAAAAAGUAAUAUAUAUAAAAAAAAUUUUAAAAUCACAGCAUUUAAUUAGUGCUUUGAAACCAGGGCUUUUUUGUCUUAUCUCUCUGCUUUCUCGAUUGCCACUGCGCAAUUGCGCAUGUCUGUGACGUUACUCCCAUGAGGAAGCAGAUUUGGGUUCCUCGUCCCCCCUGCAUUGCUUGUACAGUAGCUCCCUCUACAGGUAAACAUGAGAAUAAUAAUACAAAUGGGGAAACCAAAUCCAUUGCAUCACCAGAAGAUUUUUGAACGGACUUAUAUAUUUUAAUAUGUGCUGAAUCGAUUCGACUUGUUGCCCGCAUCGAAUCGCAUCGUCCAUGGCCCGCAUCGGGAUGCAUCGCCGCAUCGAUUAUUGUU